AGCAACUUCAUCAUUCUCGCGGUCUGGCAAUAACGAAAAGACGUGUUCUAGUACAGCAGCGUCUGGAUUCGCUUCCUCGCUGCGCCGUCCGUUGCUUGAAGGGAGUACUAGCAGUAGCACAACUGCGAGUUGUAGUGCCAGAGUGGGUCAUGAUCGUCAUCCCGAUACUGCUGCUGUUCCGCGUCCUGCAGACGAGCACACGACUUCACAGGUGGUGGAAGAAGAUGGAUACCAGCUACUCGACAAAAUCGGCGCCUGCAUGGAAAGCCUCGGAGACGGAACCAGAGCUGUUAGACAAUGCGCAACCUCGAUGUUGCGGAAAAAACUUUCGCGGGUCCACUUCCCGAAAAUUAGCAAGAAGACGCAAACUCUGAUUCUCUUGGGCAUGAUGCAGGGCCUCAUCUGCCUUCCCGACGGAACGGUAAACCAGCUGCUGUUACCCAAAAUUGCCAAAGUUCUCACGGCUGGCGCCGCCGCGGACGCGAAGAGCGAAGGCAUGGGGCCGCCGACGCCGUUGACACAGAACGACUUUCUCGUCGGAUGGAAAACUUCCAUGGGCGGGCUUGUGUCCGUGAUUGGCAGUCACUUGUACGGGGAAUUGGUCGAGGCAAGACAGAACCUUCGCGAAAGCGACAGAAACGAUGAAGAUGGAAACGAUCACGCGAGCACGGAAGCCGAAGCCCAUCGUCAGGACCUCCAAAGACAAAUCCAGCUUUUGCGCAAAGUGUCCAUCACGACCGCGGUUAUCAGUGUGGCGCUCAUUUUUAUGCCUGCGUCAACUUACCCAAACUCAACUUACCCAAAAAUUUAACUAACCACUUUAAUUAGCUACUUAGAGUCCGAACCUACUAUCCGGCGCCGCUCAGUCUACACUUACUAGUUGAGGUAAAUAGCUAUUUCGAAAAGGACGUUUUCCGGCGUGUGUAGAAGGCGCAACCUCCGCUACCAACGAUCACGGAUCCCCUCCCCAACGAUGCUGUGUCUCAUGAUAAAACUCCUUCGAGUUGAUGCUAUCAAAUCAGAUUAUAUUGCUUUUGCAUGGGGCAUAGCAUCGGGGAAGCAGUAUACUUUUAGGCAUGGACCAGGGGGAUGAGUGAUCCCCCUCCCCGAUGCUAGGUUUUGGAUUGGCAAAAAAUCACCCUACCAACGUGAUUAGACAAAAAAGAUGCCUCGGAUUUUUUUCAAUUCAAUGGCAUAAAUGAUAGAAUAUCUCAAUACCUGUCGCAUGCUAUCACUUCGUGUAUAAAUCCAGCCAAGGUAUGAAGCUUGUGAAUGGUGUCGCAACGCGGUGGCAACGCAGCUCAGCCUCCGCGAUCGUUGGCAGCGGAAGGGAAUCCGUGAUCGUUGGUAGCGGAGGUUGCGGGUUCUACACACGCGUGAAAACGGUCUUAAUUAGCUAUAUGAAGUUCUAUCUAGCUAACCAUAGCUACUACUUUUAGGCAUUACAAAUCAGCAUGCCUUCUAGCUAUGAAAAAUCGCUAAUAAAGUUUUUGGGUAAGUUGAGUUUGGGUAAGUUGACGCAGUCAUAAUUUUCCUCGGGCUCGAGGCGGGAUGGGAGGAGGGAAACCUCGACAAGGUGCUUGUGUCCUACUGGCUGAAUAACUGGCUUUGCGGUGCGGUCCAAGGUUUUAUGGCACCGUUAAUUGGAACGAUCACCAAGGAAUUGUUUUCGAUCCCGCCCUCCUUGCCCGGUAGUGUGGCCUCGACCUCGAGGGUCAGCAGUGACACGACCAGCUGUUUGCUAGAAAGUGAUAGAGAAGAAUCGGCAGGACGAGCAGUGGCUGGUGAAGCAGAUCAGACUGAGGAUCUAGACGUGGUUAAUAUGAUGGUCGAUGCUGAUGAUCAUGACGACCUAGUAGGGAACGACGUGAAUGAUCCGGCUUCAUCAGCAUCCCAGGAAGCUGCAAUGUCUGAGGAGCAGGCGCAAGCGGCGGCGCUGGCGAAGUUGCCACUGUUCACAAACGCGAUCCCGGGCCUGGGCCAGUACGUGGCUGCCUGUGGAAGUCCGGACAGCUGGAUCAAAAAUGUCGUCCUGGCAAACGUGUUUAUCGUCACCACUGCCUUGGCCCUUGGCGGAGGGAGUUUGUGCCACGGUGCAUUUCGAUCCGGCAGGCAGAGCGAAAACAGUACAAACACACCGGCAUCUGUAUCAAGCUAUGAAAAGGACAUUAAGGCGAACACCUACACACCCGCAACGACCGCCGCCUGCUCCUCCCCGGCCGCGGGGAGUUCUCCUGGAACUUGCUUUGGCAGCCAGACAUUCUUAUUCGGCGGGCCCGAGGAAGAACUGUGCGGCGCUGACUUCGGGUCGGAGUCGUCGGCCGAGUGGCGCGGGCGAGGGCAAGAAACGACAAAUCAGCGGCGCACAAUGUCCACCAAAUUUAGGACUACGGAUGCUUGUUCCACAGCCAGUGCUGGCAAGAGCAAUGCGGCAGAGGACACAGAAGUUGAUCAUGACCUCGCGGCCACUCUUGUGGCCGACGUUGGUGACGAAGUUCAUGAGCACUUGCGGCGAGGGCAAAUAAACGAGGAAGAGGAACCCCAUUCGUCUGCGAGUAAAUCGAAAGACCGCAAGCAGCAGAUCCUCCUUUUGACGCAGUGGAUGAUGUGUUCCCUCGGCACUUCCGCACAAAGCAACCUGGCCCCCAACACCGCCUCGCACCUGUGUCACAAGGGCGCGGGGCUCCCGAAGGAUCUCACCGCGUUUUUGGUCACGAUGGGGCCGUUGUUUGGUGCGGUGCUUGCGGCAAGUGUGGUGCAGCCCUGGCUGUUUCGGCUGCUGGAGCGGAAUAAAGGCGACGGUCCGACGAAACCGGCACACACUGAGGAAGGUCAAGACGCUGCGACAUCCGAUGGCUGUCCUGCCGCAAUGCAGCGUGGUAGGACACCAGAUAGCGAGGGCCAAGAAGAACUGGACGCUGCGAUGUCGUCUUCAGCGGCACCUACCGCAGACAGUGCCACGACCAGAAGCGCAACAACAUCAAGAAAGGCCGCGUCACUUCUGAAAAGCACUGCUCGCCGGGUCAGGAAGUGCAUGAAGCGGGAUGGUGUUGUGAUGCGUGCGGGUCCGCAGCUGGCCAUGUUCUGUGCCGUGCAAACUUUUUACACUGUGUUGCCGCAAAUUUUGGUGAAAAAAACCGACGACCCGAGACAGAAUCAGAGACUCCAAGGGUUGUUUUCCUCGGAACAGGACCAGCGUGACCUGCAGCCCCGCAUCUCGCCUGCUGCAAUGAGGUUUCUAGCAGCGUCACGAAAUGAUAGGAAGCGGAACAGCGGCGCCGUGGCUGGUCGUGGCGACUCUAGUGGGGAAAGCGAAACGUCGUCGGCGGGAGCAAAAUCCGUAGAACACAAAUCACCUCGUUUGCAACGCCUUCCGCCACUGGGCAUCACUAGUACGAUUCUCCAGGGGCGGUCUUUUGGUGCUGUUCCUCACGACAGUAGAAGCUCCAGAGAGGGUCUUUCAAUGAAAAGCGCGAUGAACGAGAACGACGAUAGAGGACAGGCCUUUUCAACGGACAGAAAGAAGUUGGGGACAACCAACGAAAGCGACACAACCCUCGGCAGCAAUACUAGCGGCGGCGCGCAAGAAGAUGAUGAAUUUUUGACGUCGUUUCUGGAUGAUGCGGAUGUAUUUCAAGUCACAGAACUCCUGAAUUCGCUCAAAAACGACCACGAAGGAGACGAUCAGCACAGAGAAAAGCAUCAUUACAACCCCCGCGCCCUAUUGGAAAAGGCGUUCAACUCUCCCCCUACCACGACCGCGUUGGUUCUGCUUCUUUUGAUGCAGGCGACCAUGGGCGGAGUGCAGGUGCUCGCAUCCUCGUCCACGCAACAAAAACUGCAUUCCCUCGCAACAUUUAACAUCAUUGACGAGGCUAUGAACUACGUGGUCGGGCCCUUGAUUGCAAAUCAGGUGAUCUCACUGUUUCAGAUGGCGCAGCAAGAAGUACCUGCAGAGGACGAGGAUCUAUCUUCUGGGAGUGCUCCUACUACUUACGGUGGCAACACAGGGACAGGCUCUGGAGGAAGCAAAGCUUCUGCCUCCGGUGCAACGAAAAUUUCCAGUGAAGAUGGUCCCACAACAACUACCGCAGCCCCUCCAAUGUCGAAAGCAGCCACAAAAGCCGCGGCCAAGAAGAACGCCCACGCCGUGCAGCUUGCCACCGAGAGCACGCUGCGCUCGUUGUCGUGUUUUUACGUGGCCGCAGCAGCCCUGAACAUCGGGUGGGAAGUGGCAAUGAAUUCCGGACGGAAUAAACCAAGGAGAACGAGGACUAGGAGGCGCGGGCACAGCAACUGCCAGCACCUGGAUAGGAAUCACUCGUCGGGAACAACGACGAGUAGCGGUGGCUCGUCAUCCGCAGUUGGGGAAAAGUGAGGAAGCUACGACCGGCUUGCUCGAUUUCGAUAGAUAUACGUAGAUGUGGAACUAACAUUGCAUGUGCAUGCCUUUCUGAUAUUUUUUUAUGUUGGGCAGGGCCAGGGGCUCUAUUUUUGUAUCUGCUGAAACCGUAAUAGGUAAAUUCAUCGCAACGACGUGCUGAACGUGCGUCUAUGUUGACACGUCUUUAUUGGUGGAUCUGCUCAUUUAUGCACAAUCUACUUCGUCCCGCUUGGUGUUUUCCAUCCAGCGGAAGGUCCGGAGUUUUGGUACAAGAAAAUCAACUUGAGAAUAAAGAUUGGGAUGUAUCACUCCCUGCACACAGUUUUGAGAAUACAGUCUGUGAGUUUGUAUAUUGAAUUUGAAUGCGUGAUUGAUUCUCUCAUUUAUUUUCGGUUUGGCGGGAAAAGCUGGAGGUGGAGUCAGCACUCUCUCUGAUCUGCUUGUCAGCAGUUCUAGAGAUCGAGUAGAUUUGCAAGUACACCGCGGCAUUCCGUAAGUAACUACUUAUGAUUGAUUCAUCACAUGGACUCCCGCAGCUGCACCACCACCAAGGUAAAGGACUAGCUGCGUGUCGUGC